AUGGCGGGAAGCAGUCCCGUGAAUAAAAGCAGCACGCUCUUGGGCUCUGACGAUGAACCCGAUGUCGCAUGCGGUCGCAGGCGACAUCGCGUGCUGAUGGUGUGCGACUUCUUCUUCCCCAACUUCGGCGGCGUGGAGAGCCACAUCUACCUCCUCGCGCAGUGCCUCCUGCAGCGCGGCCACAAGGUGGUGGUGCUGACGCACGCGUACGGCGACCGAGUGGGAGUGCGCUACCUCACCAACGGCCUCAAGGUCUACUAUGCGCCGCGCCGCCCCGUGUGGCUACAGGCGACGCCCCCGUCACCCCUCCCCUGUCUGUCGCUGCCGUUGUUCCGCGCCAUAGUGGAGCGCGAGCGCAUCGCCAUCGUGCACGCGCACCAGAGCUUCGCCCCCAUGUGCCACGACGCGCUGCUGCACGCCCCCACGCUCGCCCGCCGCGCCGUCUUCACCGACCACUCGCUGUGCGGCUUCGCUGACGCCGCCAGCAUCCACAUGAACAAGCUGCUGCAGUUCUCAACGGCGGGCAUCCACGCGGCCAUAUGUGUGUCGCACACGAGCAAGGAGAACACGGUACUGCGCGCGCAGCCCUCGCUGCCGCCGCACCGCGUGGCCGUCAUCCCCAACGCCGUGGACGCCAACAACUUCCUCCCCGACCCCCGCCGCUGCCCCCCGCCCCCCCCUGCCCCCGCUGCUGCCGGGGAAGCUGCUUCUGCUGCCGAUGGGGGAGCUGCCGCUGCCGCUCGUGCAGUGCGCAACGACAGGGCAGGAGGGAGAGCAGCAGGGGAGGAUGGAGAAGGAGGUUUGGAGCAUAGGGGGAAUGCGGAGGAUAGGGGGGGUGCUGUGGCGUGCAGGGCUGCAGGCGGUGAGGCAGCAGCACGUGCAGUGGAGGGGAGAGAAGCAGAAGGUGGGCCAGGGGGGGCAGUGGGGUGCAGAGAGGCAGUGGGGGCGGGGGCGAGAGGGGAGGCGGCGGCGAGUGAGGGAGGGGCAAGGGACGGAGCGUGGAGCAGAGAAGGGGCGGAGGCGGAGACAGCAGCCAGCACGGCACACCCCCCGGCGGCUGAGGUGGUGGGGAGGGUGGGGGCGGGAGGACCAGGGGGGCACGGGCACAGCAGCAUGGCCGUGGAGGCAGGGAGGGACAUGGCAGGCAGCACGGGGAGUGGCGUGGAGGCGAGCAAGGGGGCUGGUGGUACGGACAUGAGACAAGGGGAAGGCGCGGGGGCGGGCGGGGGCAUGGAGGUGACGAUAGUGGUGAUCAGCCGCCUCGUGUACCGCAAGGGCGCUGACCUGCUCGUUGACGUCAUCCCCGCCGUCUGCCACCGCUUCCCCAAGGUGCCACCGCUUCCCCAAGGUGCCACCACUUCCCCAAGGUGCCACCGCUUCCCCAAGGUGCCACCGCUUCCCCAAGGUGCCACCGCUUCCCCAAGGUGCCACCGCUUCCCCAAGGAGCCACCGCUUCCCCAAGGUGCCACCGCUUCCCCAAGGUGCCACCGCUUCCCCAAGGUGCCACCGCUUCCCCAAGGCGGCGAUGGUGCCAAGAGGGGGCGGUUGGAGGAGAUGAGGGACCGCCACGGGCUGCACCACCGAGUCACCAUGCUGGGCGCCGUGCCGCACUCCCAAGUGCGCCACGUCCUCGUGCAGGGCCACAUCUUCCUCAACAGGUGCCCGCUCCUCCCUCCCCUCCCUCCCCUCCCUCCCCUCCCUCCCCUCCCUCCCCUCCCUCCCCUCCCUCCCCUCCCUCCCCUUCCCCCUCAUCGCCCCGUACGAGCGCUCGUCCGCAUGCUGUGCGCGCAGCUGCUGAUGACAAGAAGGUGCAUGUCAGCCCCGCCCCCCCCUCGAAAAGCCCACGCCCUCCCUGCACAUCCCAGUUGCACCACAUCGCUUCUGCAUUAUUCUCGUACUUUUCCAUCCAACACCAAUCUGUUUUUCCUCUCUCUCUUCGUUGUUAUCACCAUUCUCCUCAUCUCGCCGCUGUCACCUCGCACCCACCUCUCUCCUCACAGCCCUCUACCGCCCCUAUCUCGCCCUCUGCACCGCCCCUAUCUCGCCCUCUGCACCGCCCCUAUCUCGCCCUCUGCACCGCCCCUAUCUCGCCCUCUGCACCGCCCCUAUCUCGCCCUCUGCACCGCCCCUAUCUCGCCCUCUGCACCGCCCCUAUCUCGCCCUCUGCACCGCCCCUAUCUCGCCCUCUGCACCGCCCCUAUCUCGCCGUCUGCACCGCCCCUAUCUCGCCCUCUGCACCGCCCCUAUCUCGCCCUCUGCACCGCCCCUACGCAUUUCUCGCUCACGGAGGCCUUCUGCAUCGCCAUCCUCGAGGCCGCCUGCUGCGGCCUCUUCGUUGUCGCCACGCGUGUUGGCGGCGUGCCCGAGGUGCUACCCCCGGACAUGAUGCUGCUGGCGGACCCCAACCCGCCUGACAUCGUGGACGCCAUCGCACAGGCCAUUCAGAUCGUGCCACGUGUCAACCCGCAGGCCAUGCACGAGCGGGUGUCGCGCAUGUACAGCUGGCAUGACGUGGCGGAGCGCACGGAGCGCGUGUACGACCGGGUCAUGGCCAUGCCACUGGACGACCUGCCCACCCGCCUCUCCAGGUACUACGCGUGUGGGGUGGUGGCGGGCAAGGUGUUCUGCCUCGUCGUGCUGCUCAACUCGCUGCUCGCCGCCCUCCUCACCCUCCUGCAG